UGUUCCAGUCUGCAACCCCUUGGUAUGGAGAACGGGACAAUACAAGAUAAUCGCAUCACGGCGUCCAAUAUUCGCAGCUGUUGCCCUGCAAGUCAGGCACGCCUAAACAAUUACAUUGGAUGGCAAGCCUAUUACUUCACCAAUGCCUGGAUCGAGGUGAACCUCGAUGAGCCUACAGUGGUCAGCGGGGUCAUCACACAAGGCCACCCCUCUCACGAUUAUUAUGUGAAGAAGUACAAGGUGUCGUACAAGAAGCAGUCCUCAUCUGACUAUGAACACGUAACAGAUGGAAACGGAAAUAACAAGGUGUUCAUCGGUAACACUGAUGGCGACACCCCGGUCACUAACCUGUUUGAUGAGAGUGUGGUCGCCACGGUAGUGCGCAUUGAGCCUACUGGAUGGUAUGGUUAUGUUGCUCUGCGAUUGGAGCUGCUUGGAUGUCGCCGUGAUUAAUUCAGUUGAAGCAUUCAGUUGAUUCUGUUCGACAGCGCUGACAUUUCAUUCAAUGCAAAAUAAAUUCGACUUCUAUGUUGAAUAUUGAUUAUUAAAAAAAAUUAGUAUAUUUGGUAAGAGGAAUAUUUUUCAGAAAGCAAAAACAAACUGAGGAUUUGGAAUAAUCACUAAAGGCCCUUGCGUGAAUUUGUGUCUUGAGAAAAGAGAAAGCGAAGUACGUGUGAAAACUUGGCCUUGUGUAUCUCUUGAAAAGUUAUAGCGGUUUUCUGUUUGUUUUUUUUCAUAGUAUUUGCGCUGUAAGUAGAAACGUCUAAACUAUAAUUGUGGUACUUUGUUGUAUAGUAAAAACAAAAUGUAUGUUAAGCUGUGCUGCUAUCUUCAAUCUUCAAUACAAUGUAUUAUAUUCAUACAUUGUUCGAAAUAAACAAAAAUCAAUGAACUGUUAAAAAUACAAUACAUAAUUGACCAAAACAAUAAACUCGGAAAAUCAAAGUGAAUUGUGGGAACAGGGAAACCUCUCGAUAAUUGAAAUAUUUUAGUAAUCAAACUGUUUGAAUAAGGGCCGGUUCAUAUACUUCACUCGAAUUCCAUUGCAAAGCGCAUCUGAGGUCAGGAUCAUUCGCCGUGAAAUUCGCCCGAGUUGAAAAGUGUGGUUUUUCUUUUGCCAACUCACAGCGCGUUCGCGUUCGCUUUUGUGCCGAGUAAGAUGGGGCUUUUGCUUCUAGAUGUUAUUCACUGUGGUAUUUUGCUGUAAAUAUAAGACAAUUUAAGUCACGAUAUUAAAUCAUUGUACAAUCAUUUCGGAGCACAUUUUGGUGUUAGAUGUAUAGUGUAUUGUUACGGAAAAGUAACAUUUUAUUGCUAUUAUAUAUUGUAAUAUUGUUAGUACAGUGUUGGACAAUGUUAUCAAUGUGAUGACUUAUUGCUGUGGAUGUACAGGUUUAUCAGAAUUCCAAAAUUACAAACUUUUAGAGGUCAAAUACGGUGGAGGUUAGCUUUUGUGAAUGCAGAAAUUAUUAAGAAAAGAAA